ACAUUAAUGGAGCGCCUCUACAGGGGUCUUUUCUGCUCAUGUCACCACAUAAAACUAUCAGAUGGUUAGAGGAAGGCCAUGGAGGCAUCCACUUAGCUCGUCUCAUCAAGGACGCGAGAUGAAGUCUAUUCAGCUCCGCUAGUGGGACAAGCUGGCUGACUUUGCCAGAAAGACUUUUACGUCAAGUCGUCGCUCCAUAAAUGCGCGCACCGUCCGCCGUGGCGCACCGUCUGGCUGUUUUACGCGCGGCUUUAAACUUUCUCCAGCGGCUGUUUUCGUGAAGAGAGGAGAGUUUUCUCAGAGGAAUUAAAGGAAACUACUUUUUUAUUCCUUUCCCCCCCCCCCUCCCUGAACACUUCCAGGAUGCCUCGUCCGGGGAGAAACACGUACAGCGACCAGAAGCCGCCGUACUCCUACAUCUCCCUCACUGCCAUGGCGAUCCAGAGCUGCCCGGAGAAGAUGCUCCCCCUGAGUGAAAUUUACAAGUUCAUCAUGGAUAGAUUCCCCUAUUACAGGGAAAACACCCAAAGAUGGCAGAAUUCUCUACGGCACAAUCUGUCCUUCAACGACUGUUUUAUCAAAAUCCCGCGGCGCCCGGAUCAGCCAGGUAAGGGCAGCUUUUGGGCGCUGCACCCGAACUGCGGGGACAUGUUCGAGAACGGGAGUUUCUUGAGACGCCGCAAACGCUUCAAAGUCUUGCCCGUGUCCGAUCAUUUGGCCCCCACGAAGCAGUCGGAUGCGGCGCAUUACCUUCAGCAGCAAGCUAAACUGAGACUGAGCGCGCUGGCGGCCACCGGCACGCACCUGCCGCAAAUGUCCACCUAUAAUCUGGGGGUGUCCCAGUCGUCGACUUUUAAGCAUCCGUUCGCCAUCGAGAACAUCAUCGCCAGAGAGUACAAAGUCCCGGGAAGCCUGGCGUUUUCCACCAUGCAGUCCAUGUCUGCCGGGUACCCGCUGCACAACCAGCUGACCACGGCGUGGCCCCACAUGUACAACAGCAGCGUGAUCGACACGGCUGCUCCGAUCUCGAUGGCGAGCAGCGACUACAGCGCUUACGGCGUGCCCAUCAAAUCUCUGUGUCACGGGGGACAGUCGUUACCGGCGAUCCCCGUGCCCAUAAAGCCCACGCCGACCUCCAUGCCUGGCUUCACGGCGCUACCUCCGCACAUCCCCGCGUUUCUCUCAAACUCCCCGCAGUCUCUGAGCCCGACGUCCCCGCAGACGAGCCAAAGCAGCCCCGCGACCCCGAGCGAGACUCUGACGAACCCGUCCACACUGCAGUCGGUGGCUGUGCACUGACCAGCCGGACUUUUACGCACUGUCUCCUACUUCAUCGCCAAAAGAAAAAAAAAAAAGGAAGAAAAAAAAAAAAACUUCCCCAAAGUUUUGUGUCGUUGGAAGGUCUGAAGGCGAGUUGCGCUGCAUAUCGAUUUAAUUGUGUAUUUGUGUUGUCGCUUUAACUUGUGUCAUAGAAGUCCAGCACAGAGUCGCGCAGCAAUAUUACUCUUUAAAAUAUAAAUUAUUUGAUAGUUCUAUUUUUCAGUUUGUUAAAAAAAAAGUUGAGAGAAGGGAGAAUUUGUCCCCGCUGUGAUUUGAAGUGCAACUGGUUUAGAUUUCGUCAUAAAGCAAAACGUUUGCACCCCUUUCUGUGUGACCACUGUCACGUCAAUGGAAUUACGAGGCAAUAGCAUGUGUUCUUGUUUGUUUUGAAUACUGAGAUGACGGAUAAAGUAUACCAAAUAGGGCUAGAAUUUUAGAUUUCUUCUCACAUCCCUGUAAAA